UCGGGAAUAAGGCAAUAAACUGAGACUGACCUGGGCUCACCAAUCUGCUGAGUCACUGCAAAAACACAACAUGCAAGUUCAACCCAGGAAGCCACGAUAGCUUUUAAUAACUGGAACGCUGACCGUUCUUGGACUUACUCUGUAUCUUUCACAUCAAGGCUAAUAAUAUUGGAUGGCUUCGUUUCUCUUGCAGGAGCUGCUAGCUUUGGGGCUCAGUAACUUUGUAGGUGGCUUCUUCCAGUGCUGUAGCAUCAGCUGCUCCAUGUCACGUUCCCUGGUGCAAGAGACCACAGGAGGAAACAGUCAGGUAGCAGGGUUGGUCUCCUGUCUUAUCAUCCUAAUAACCAUUUUGAAGAUUGGGGAGCUUUUCCGAGAACUACCCAAAGCCAUUUUAGCUGCCAUCAUUCUUGUCAACCUGAAAGGCAUGUUCAA